GUGGUUCCAACCACAUUCACGUGGUUAUGUGAUGUCCGCCCUCUUGUGAUGAUGUCCUACCAGCAGAUCCGCCACCAUUGACUUGUGCAGUGAGAAUGUUGACAACGGAGGUGAGCCCUCCAACCGAAGGGCAGGUGACAAAUCCCCAACUUGUCCGAGUAGCGGCGUCUCUUCCCUCCAAGGAAGAGAACGCUUCGGUCGAGUCAUUCCAAACAGCGCCUUCGACAUUCUCGGCAACUGAGCCAGAUGGAGACUCGCGGACGGGCGGAGCGGACGAUACACUGGAGUAUACCAUACCGGAAGAACAAGUGAAGCAAAGUGAAGAGGCUGAUAGUCAUGGGGGCGAGACGGGCCCGACAUCUGAGGACCAGCUGACCGAGACGAUCACGGCUGGUGGCGCCAACGAGCCACCUGUUGAUGAAACGGCAGAAGCAAACGAUAAAUCUGCCGAUAAACCUUCAGAAGAGGUUCAUGGUGAACCUCUGAAGGAGGAAGCUAGAGAGGGAUUACCGGAAGAGAAGGAGCAGGCUACGGUAGCUGCUGGGCGGAAGACGCCAAGGAAGGAGCCUGUAACAACAACUCCCGCCGCUUCAUCGGCCGCUACAAAGGAAGGACAUACGUCGUCAAACCGAAGGAGAUCUACUCCACGUCCGCGCAAAGCCGCGGAUGACAAAAUGCCAAAAGCUGAACCCACUGAAGCAAGUACUACUGAGCCAACCCAAGCUGACGAACAGCCAGAAGGUGACGCCGGUCCUGAUGACAAACAGAAACCGACGAAACCUUACGUAAAUCGUAAGAGACAUGAGACCGGUGGCGCCGAUAAGAAGCGUCUAACAGGCGAGGAACUAGAGAAAAAGAUGCAAGAAAUGAAACGAAAGAAUGCCGAAAUUAUAAAGAAGCAACAGGCGGUGGAGGCUGACGAACAGGCGUGGAGGGCUGCGGAAACCGAACGACGCAAGAAGGAAGAUGAGGAGAGAGAAAGGCAAUUCGCAGAGACAAGAGCCGCUCGGCAGGUGGCGAAACAAAGGCGAGAGGAGGCGGACGCUAUUCAACAGACUUUGAGGAGGGAACGUGAAGAAAAUGCUGCACGUAAAGCACAAUUGCGGGGAACACGUGAAUGGGAUCUUGAUAAGGAGGAAGUAAAGCAAGACCCAGACCGUCGUCGCGACAAUGGAUGGGGACGUCCACGCGAGAGCCACCGCGGAGGUCGAGGACGCGGUGGGAAUCGGCGACACAUGGACCGCCGUAGUGGUGGUCAUGAGCGACAUGAACGGGACAUGAAUCUGGAGAGCUCUUCUGGUUGGCAGGAGAGAGCGAGAGAAGAACGCGCUGAUGCUGAGGGCCCUCCGCCCGACUGGGGUCCAAAUCGCGAGAUGAGCAAAUGGGGAGAUGCUGUCUAAUGCAAACUGUGACGAAUUGAGGUUUUUGGGAAAGUUUUUGCAUGUACUUUGAAUUUGCGACAUAAAUAUCUUUUGUAUGGAUACGUUGGCUGUGUCAUCACAAACUGCAACGAGGCAAAACCUCACUCUCGAAUGCACGCAAUACUUGAAAACUGAAUGUAUUUCCACCACACGUCACGAUAAAACAAAAACUGAUACACAAUGUUCCCCAC